ACACUAGUUACAAUUUUUAUUAUAGGCAGAGAUGGCCCUAACGUCAGAAGGAUUUGUUGAUAUUGAUGUAUCAACCUUGGAAUCAGUAUUGGCCAGAGAAACUCUUAACUGUAAAGAAAUAAAUCUCUUUGAAGCUGCAUUAGCAUGGGCACAAGCUGAAUGUGUACGGCGAGAAAUAGAGACAACGCCCAUAAACAAGCGAGCCAUGCUAGGCUGCGCCUUAUAUUUGAUUAGAUUCCCAACAAUGACAUUGGAAGAAUUUGCAAAUAGUGCUGCACAACUUGGUAUUUUGACUCCCCAAGAAACAAUAGACAUAUUCUUACACUUUACUGCAGCUAACAAACCACAAUUAUCUUAUCCUAUCAAAGCCAGGGCUGGCCUAAAGGCUCAGAUUUGUCACAGAUUUCAGUCAUGUGCAUACAGAAGUAAUCAAUGGAGGUAUCGAGGCCGCUGUGACUCUAUACAGUUUUGUGUGGAUAAAAGGAUUUUUGUUGUUGGUUUUGGACUAUAUGGCUCAUCAAAUGGUGCUGCAGACUAUAAUGUUAAGAUUGAAUUGAAGCGUUUAGGCAGAGUACUUGCUGAAAAUAAUACUAAAUUUUUCUCUGAUGGAUCAAGUAAUACCUUUCAUGUAUAUUUUGAAAACCCAAUACAAAUUGAACCAGAAUGUUUUUACACAGCUUCUGCUAUCCUAGAUGGAAGUGAGCUCAGUUAUUUUGGACAAGAAGGUCUGAGUGAAGUCUAUAUGGGUACAGUGACUUUCCAAUUUCACUGUUCAUCAGAAAGCACAAAUGGAACUGGAGUUCAAGGUGGACAGAUACCGGAACUUAUCUAUUACGGGCCAACUGUAAACACUUCCAUAACUAACCCAAAUACGAAUGAGGACUGACAAUUGAGUAGAAGGCGAUAUCUCAAUUAUUACUCAGUAUAAAUACCACUAGAUUUAGAACUCUGAACAUAACCUGAAGAGAAUAUUUAUAACUAUUACUAAUCAUUCCCAAAUGUUAAAUUAUUUUGUUGGAUAUUAAAAUUUGUGUAUAUUGUUGAACUUAAAUAGAAUAUAAGUACCUAAAAAUGUGAUAUGGGUGUUGUAAAAGCUCUCUAUAAAUUCAUAGAUAUUAGAUCAAUACUUUACAAUUCUUACUAAAAAAUCAUUGCGAUAAAUAAAUACCUUAAUUUAUGUUUGUUAUUUAUUUAUUUAAAAUUAGUUAUAUAUACCAGCUUUGUAUUAAAAUAUCUGUUAACUUUAAUUUUGGAUUUGGGGUUUGGGCCCAAAAGAGUUAGUAUUAUUGGUAAAAAACGUCAAAUCUACUUCCUUGAAGUAAAAACAUAGAAUCAGAAAGUCCAUUUAAUACAAGGACAACUUCUUUAUUUUUUUUUUACUUUAAUAAUUUUCCGUGUGGAGGCAGUGUAAAAGAAUCCAUCACUACUUAUUUACGUGGUCGAGCCACACUAAAAAUAAGGGGUGUUUUUUUAAGCUAGAUAGAACUUUAAAUUGUAAAAAGUAACACAAAAAAUUAAAUUUUGAUGAAAUAUUUUUUUUUAUCGUUUCAGUAUACUCUGACAAAUCAUCAUGAAUAGACUCACGCUUGAACAACGCUACGAAAUUAUCCAAAUUUACUUUGAAAAUCAGUCGUCGAUUCGCGCAACUUAUAGACGACUUCGUCAUUUUUAUGGCGUACAUAAUCGUCCAUCUGAACAAGCCAUUCGUCGAACUGUGGAUAGAUUUCGUACCACAUACUCUCUAGAGGAUGCAAUAACACCAACACGUUGAAGGAAUGUGCGUACUGAAGAGAAUAUCGCCGCUGUAAACGAAAGUGUGGAAGAAGAUCCAAAUUUAUCGAUUCGUCGUCGGUCGCAGGAAUUGGGGCUCUGUCCGUCCACUACGUGGAAAAUUUUGCGCAAAGAUCUCGGCCUACACCCGUAUAAGAUCCAGCUGGUGCAGGAAUUGAAGCCACGAGACCAUUAUAUGCGUCGUUCUUUCGCCGAUUGGGCUCUAGAGCAGUUGGCAACUAACCCGUUGUUUUAUCGCAAAAUUGUGUUCAGCGAUGAGGCGCAUUUUUGGCUUAACGGGUUUGUUAAUAAGCAAAAUUGCCGCAUAUGGAGCGAGACCAAUCCACAAGAGACCCUACAGACUCCAUUACAUCCAGAAAAAUGCACCGUUUGGUGCGGUUUUCACGCUGGUGGCAUCAUCGGACCUUAUUUCUUCAAAAAUGAGGCCGGAGCUCGCGUUACGGUCAAUGGAGAUCGUUACCGCACCAUGAUCAAUGAUUUUUUGUUUGAAAAUAUGGAUGACAUUGAUCCGGAGGAGAUGUGGUUUCAACAGGAUGGCGCUACGUGCCAUACGGCGAACGCAACCAUCGACUUAUUGAAAUCAAAAUUUGGCGAUAAGUUGAUUUCGAGAAAUGGACCUGUCAAUUGGCCUCCAAGGUCGUGCGAUUUGACACCUCUCGAUUAUUUCCUGUGGGGCUACGUAAAGUCACUGGUUUAUGCUGAUAAACCAGCAACAAUUGACGCCUUGGAGGCCAGCAUUGUUCGUGUUAUUCGUGACAUACGGCCAGCAGUGCUCGAAAAAGUGGCCCAAAAUUGGACGUGCAGAAUGCGCUUCGUCAAGAACAGCCGCGGUGCCCAUAUGCCCGAAAUCAUUUUCAAAUGUUAAUGUCACGUAUUGAUCUUUCGAAUAAAAAAAAAAUUUUGAUUACAAUUU